AUGGAGACCGGAGAGCUGAACCCCAUCCACUACCCUGCUCAGAGGGCUGCCAAAGUGGUCCAACAUUACCUGAACACCCAACACGGCUCGCCAUACAAAGUCUUUGGACUGCACAAGGUUUUUCGUGCAAAUGCAGAGGAUGUGCCUAACUCUGGAAGAAAGUACCAGCUGGACCUUUCUAUACAGGAGCUGGUUGAGAAAAAAAACAAAGUGGCAUGCUCAGCAGAGGUUUUAUUUCCUUUAGAGGAGAGCCAUGCUCCACCACAGGUCAAGGUUUCAGCUUGCGACGACAUGUUGAAAAUCAACACCUCCAUUCAGGAAGAGGCCUUUUUCCAGCAGCAGCUGAGUCGACCCAGUCUGCUGUUUGCAUCCAAUUUACCCGACAGUUAUGGUCAUGUGGCUCCAGAGCAUGUGCCUUUCUGGCACCUCGGAAUGGUCGUGUCAAGCUACGUCAUGCUCAAUGAAUCCACCCAAGAAACUUUGUACAACGUGGCUCAAGUAGCCAACGUUACACAGCUGGAAAAUGCUGACACCAGCCUACUGAAGUAUGAAUAUGACGUACUGCUGCAUGAUAUUGUGUCCCAGGAAAUCUUAGCCUGGAGGGUGCUGGUCACCUGGUCCCCGACUGAGGGAAUUAAAGUGCUGAAGAUGGAAAAACGUGACUACACUUCAAUUAACCUAAAAACUACACUGUUGUAA